AACACGGGUUUCUUUAGCGCAGACAUAGUGUUUGUUACACGUCGCGUUGUGUUUACAAACUCGAAGCAGUCAAAGUGUUGCUGUCGUGUCGUCUGUUUACCUCGACGCGUGCUUACCUAAGAACCACUCUUUCUCAAGAAAAACACCCGUUGGUGAGGUGUCCCCCUUUGCGACAAAUUCCAACAAUCGUGGAAUCUUCAAUGUUAAAACUUUCCUUGUUUAUACUUGGAUCUUUCCUCACCUCAUUGCCUUACAUGGACCUCGACUUUUUAAUUUUUUUUAGAUUCCAAGUCCACAAAUCGAAAAAAAUUUGGAUCACUCGAACACUCUGUCUCGGGUUUUCCGCUCCACUCGGGUCUUUCCAAGACGCAGAGGGGCCAGGACAUUCCAAGUGUUGCCAAAAUAUCUUCCUCGUGAAGAGAAAAAACUGCUCUGAUUGCAAAAACGGCACUUGACUGCAAAAACGGUUCUUAACUGCAAAAACGGCUACGAUUGCAAAAACGGCUCUUGACUGCAAAAUCGGCUAUGAUUGUAGCAUGUUCAAAGCACGUGCUCCUGAUGACGAAAUCUCUAACCAAAUUUGACUAUCGCGAGUGAGUGUAGCCUGGUUUUUGUUUGUGUUGUGGAAGUGAGUUUUGUGGGAAAUUUUUUCAAGUGUGUGGAUAUGGCCCAGAAUGGGUUCUUGGCUGAUGUUUGCAGGUCGUUUCUUCCAGUAACUUGAUACUUUACUUUAGGGCUUCUCAAUAUUUAUUUAUAUUGAGAGUGCUGAACUUUGAUAAUCCGCAAAAUGCGAAGAAUAACAGACAGAAAUACAUGUAAUCCGCUCUUUAAUCCGUUUCGGUAGUACGCGAUCGAAAAUUUUGUCGAUCCGUGUGAUUAAUCGUUUGCCGAAAUCAGACUGCAUUUGUGCGACUCUCGUUGAUUUUUAUUUUAAUAAUUCGAAAAAUAACGGACAUUUCAUGGGUGAAUCCGAGUGAACGUGACCAUUUGAGAGACUGCAAAAUGGAUUACAGACUCAUGUCGAACAACAACAAUUAUCCCACGCAUCAUCACUGGUUUCCGAAAAUGUGUUCCUGCCUUGACAGCGGUGGCAACCUGCCGGGAAAUCGUUCUUCCGGAAGAGUCGGAAGUUACAAACGUCUUGGUUCAACUUCCACAAUUUAUGAACUCAACAGCGUGAUGCAUAGGGCUCGAAGAAAGGAGGAGGGUCAACUGAUCGAAGAAGCGGCCGAUCAUGAAAGACAGGAAGAACUACGCUUUUACAACGACGACCUCUCAUGGAACACAGUAAUUGUCGAGAAGAAUCUCAGGACAAUCGACUUAUGCGAACUCCUCAAAGUUAAAAGAAAUGCAACCGGCAUUGCUUGGUCUAUAGUGGAAACGUGGCCGGACCUAGGAAUUGAACGUACUUUAGAAGAUCACGAAGACAUUCUCGCAGCUCAUAGAGAAAUAGAAAUGUUUGCUUCCUAUCACGAAAGAAAAUUCUUUUUCCGUGAAGAUUACCUCAAGUACGAAUUUUUCAUCAAUCCAAAGCAAUUCUUUCCGUCUGAAAUGGUUGCUUUCCCACACGAGGAUGACAAAGGAACCUUAGCCGAUGCCGAAAGCAUUUUGAGGCAUUAUUUGUCUCAAGAGGACAGUGAGUGCCCACAAGUUUUCAGUGCAGUAUGGAUGAGAGAGGAUGGUUCUAAUACGUGGAAAAAGACAGAUAUGUUGCUUUUUGGGCGCAAACUUUACACCACGAAAAAGGCAUUCCUCUUGGGAGCAAAAUCAUUAAUGUCGAGAUUUUCGUCUCCAAGAUCAUCCCUCAAUGCUAAAAGUCAAAGAUCGUUUUCGCCAACUCCUUCUACGUCAGGUUCUUCAUCAGGGUAUUCUACAGAGACUUCCGGAGUGGUUCCUAAAUGGUCGCUGGACAACGAACAGCUGACCACAUUUGCCCACUUGUCGGACUACCACGUAUACAGGAUUCCGAACUCGAAAAGGUACUUCAACGCACCCUUCGAGUGGGGCAUUUGUCUCAGGCCGUCCACCAACGCAGAGGCAGAGCACACCGAGGCUGGUGAAUCCGGGCUCAAAGUGAUAGCCUUUCACACCGAAAAGUCACGUGCCUGCUGGCUCACCGCCAUGAGGCUAGCAAAGUAUGGCAAGCAACUCAGAGAGAACUAUCGAGCCUUCAAGAACAAGCAGUGUGAGCAGACAGGUGGCGGCAGCCCCAAAGAAUACACAAGCUACAAUGUACCCAAUGAAUCCAUUAGGUCCCGAGUGGCUAUGGACUUUACUGGAAGCGUUGGGAGGAUCGUGGAGGAUCCGAAGGAAGCAAAGGACAUCGCCGAGAGUGAGGGGGUAAUUUGGAAAAGGAGGUGGAGACCAUUUUCACGAAGGUCUCCAGGUUCAAACACAACCAGAAUGGCAGUCGAUACUGGAAUUCACACAACUCAACCCUGGUUUCAUGGAGAUCUCAAAAGAGAAAUAGCUGCUGCGAUAAUAAGAGAUCGAGGUUCUGUUGACGGAGUAUUCCUGGUCAGAGAAAGUAAAAGUAAUCCUGGAUCCUACGUCCUGACCUACAAAUACAGCGACAAGGUUUUCCACGCGCAAAUUCAACCUGUAGUUCAAGUGUUUGACAAUGAUCGGCAGUGCGUCCUCUACACGCUGGACAAGGGAGCAACAAAGUUCUACGAUCUCCUCCAGCUGAUAGAAUUUUACCAAUUGAAUGCUGGCUCCUUGCCCACCAGGUUGACUCACUUCGUCAACUGCGGAGUCCCAGAGCCACUGACAAGGCCUGAAGAUGGUGGAGCCUCACCAUCUCCCCUCGAUGGCUCUAAAAGAUUCUCCACUCCCCAGAAAGAAGCCAAACACACCAAUCCAUCGAUUAUUUGAGAAUAGCAUUCCCAGCAAUCCGCCAAUGUCUACGAACUUACAGUCGUUUACAGCUGUAUCGAAAAUCUCACCUUCGACAACAACAAUGCCGAACGUGAGGGUAGUCGUAAUGUUGCGGGUUGCUGGACUCUAUGUAAAGGUGGCUAUGAAGAAUAUGAAUUUUAGCAUGCAAUCUUGAAAAGAGAGACAAAAUCAAGAUCAAUCUUUGGAAGAACCCAGUUGAUUGAUUUUGCAUAAAGGUGAUGCUUGUUGUUAGUUGGGAACUGAUUUCCAACUGGCUGACCAAAGCGACGAAGGCAAUCGCCCUACGUUUUUUUGCCAGAGGGAUAAUAGCGUCCUAAGUGUUUUUAAAUUCAUACUAGUAUUAAGUCGUACCUCUGCGGUUCUUGGUGUCUCGUCGUUCUAGAAAAAAAACGACCCAAAAAGCAACACUGCGUGUGUAGAUGAAUACGUGUUUUUCCAUUUUCUACGUGUCUAAAAAUAUGUGUGCAAGCACUAUAUACAUAUGUAUGUUUACUCUAAAGCCUUUUGGACCGAUCCACGACUUGGCCUCACGCAUUUUUCCAGGAAGAAGGACGAGUUGUGGAUCGGCCCUUUCGUUCUUGCGUCGAUUCACGACUCGUCCUCAUACAUUCUUUAGUAUGGAUGAGAAGGAGCCCAGUGGACAAAAUAUUAUGGAUGUCCUCGAGACGUCUCAGAGUUGUUUAUUGGGCGGACAUAGGACAUUCUUGGAAUUUUCAUGGUUUUGUUCCCACUGAGUGUCCCGAGAAUGUCAUAUAUGUUUAGGACAUCUUUAGGACAUUAGGUGUCAUAGAGAUGUUGAUGGGCGGACAUAGGACGUUCUUGGAAUUUUCAUGGUUUUGUGCCGAUUGGGUGUCCCGAGAACGUUAAACAUGCUUAGAACAUUAUAUGUCUUAAAGAUGUCGAUGGGCCGAUAUAGGACGUUCUUGGGAUUUUCAUGGAUUUAUGAACACAUAAUGGCCCGAGAACGUCUUAUGUCUUUAGGACAUCUUUAGAACAUUAAGACGUCUUAGAGAUGUUGAUUGGGCCGGCAUAGGACGUCCUAGGAACGUCUUAUGCCUUUACGACAUCCUCAGAACAUUUGAUGCCUUAGAUAUGUUUAUUGGGCGGACUUAGGACGUCCUUGGGAUUUUGGGGACUUUUUGCACACUGGGUGUUUCGGGAACCUCCUAUGUCUUUUACACAUCUUCAGGGCAUUACACGUCUUAGAGAUGAUGUUUAAAGUAACUUAGGACGUCCUAGGAACGUCCUAAAUCGUUAGGACAUUAAAUGUCUUAGAGAUUUUGAUUGGGCGGACAUAGGACGUUCUUAGGAUUUUUGUGUAGACGUCUUUAAGACAUCUUUAGGACAUCUCCUAGAGAUGUUGUUUAAGCUGACAUAGGACGUUCUUGGGAUUUGCAUGGUUUUGUGCCCACUGAGUGUCCAAAGAACGUCUUAUGUCUUUAUAACAUCUUUAGGGCAUUCGAUGCCUUAGAGAUGUUCAUAGGGCGGACAUAGGACGUUCUUGGGAUUUUCCCGGUUUUGUGCACAUUGCGUGUAUCGGGAGCGACCUGCGUCUUUUAGACGUAUUUAGGGCAUCUUUAGGACAGAAAUCUUCGAGAUGUUUAUUGGGCUGACGUAGGACGUCUUAGGAACUUUCUACGUCUUUAGGACAUCUUUAGGGCAUAGUAUGUCUUAGAGAUGUUGAUGAGCGGACAUAGGACGUCCUUGGAACAUCACAAAUUUCCUGUGUUUUUAAGACAUCUUUAGAAAAUUAGACGUCUUAACAAUUUAGAUUGGGCGGACAAAGGACGUUCUUUGGAUUUUCAUGGUUUUGUGCCUAUUGGGUAUGUCGGGACCGUCCUAUUCCUUCAGAACAUUAGACGAUUGAGAGAUGAUUAAACUGAAGUAGAACGUCCUAGGAACGACCUAAACGUUCUACGUCUUUAGGGCAUUUUCAGGAAAUUAUACGUCUUAAGGAUGGUAACUGUGCCGACAUAGGACGUUCUUAUGACUCGCACGGUUUUGUACCCACUGCGCAUCUCGAGAACUUCUAUGUACUUGAAACGUAUUUAGGACAUCUUUAGGACAUUAGAGGUCUUAAAGAGGGUGAUUGUGCCGACAUAGGACGUUCGCUAGAUUUUCCUGUUUUGUGCCCGCUGGGAGCAUAGGCGUGAGUACGUGUCGUGAAUCGGCUCUUUUCUACUUGGCAGUCCACGGCUCGGCCUCACGAGAAGGAGGAGAGACGUGAGGACGAGUCGUGGAUCGGACCUUUCCUUCUUGGAUAGAUCGAAAGAGAGGGUGUUUAGGCUGGCCCAAAAGAGGGAAAAAAUAUUUAAAUAACAUCGAAAUACGCUAGAUUAAUUGAAAAAAUAAAUUUUUUUGGGCCACCCUAGUUUUUCAGUCGCCGAAUAAUUGAAUUGAGUGUGACCGAUGCGCAAUAAGCAUUGGCAAUAUAAUAACGAUCCUCGUCAACGCCGAGUUCGUCUUUGUUGAAUUCGAAGCUUCUCGUUUUGGUCUCUUUUUAAUCGUUUUUCUCUUUAUGAAAAAGAAUAAAGAAAACCUUGACGAGACUCCGUCCACAGCACGAAUAUGGACCAAAUGUUUCAAGCGCGGUUUUUAUUAAUCGGAAAAUUAAAAUUCGAACAGACAUUAAAAAAAAAGAAAAUUAGAAAAUGCGGGAAA